UUUUGUUGUAUCAUUUUCUAAUUAAAUUGUUUGAGAAGUAACCACUAACCACGGGUCUCAUAAAGUGGACUUGUGAAGCUCCAAAAAUCAAGUUCGCUUUUCUCAAUUUCUGGUAUAAAAAGGAAAUAAAAAGCAAAAAGUGUAUGAAUAGCAUUAACAAUUUGCUCACUUGUAUAAAGAUUCGUUAGUCCAAUAGCGUCCGUACACGUUUCAUUUAGUUUGCAAUUUGUAUACAUUCAUCCCCCAAAACAAUCUCUAAGGAUUUGUUUCCUUUUUUAUCUCUUCUUUAAGCUUUCGUUUCUCUCUCAAUUAUAAAGUUUCUUCGCCACUUCUUAGUUUUAUUAUUGAUAUCUCUGUUCAAAAAGAUUCUUCCUUUUCUAUUGGAGUUCAAUAAUUUUAAGUUUGAUAUUUUUGUCUUAUGGUUAUACAAUUUCAUUCAAAUUAUAUAAUGGAGAUUUCGUUGACGUUUAUGUGAGUAACAUCAAUAAAAGCAUGCCUUACAAAGGUUUUUUGUUAGGUUCUUUGUUCUACUGAAGGAAGACAACUAAACGCUACUGGAGUGUCUUUCUUGUGUUUAGUCCGGUCAUCUAUUCAUUACCAACAAUCUCCCAAGGACCGAGAGGUUCCAGAGACUGACAAAUCUCCUUGUUCCAUUCGUUCGAGAGAACAAAAAUCUCUUUUUCUUUAUUAGAGAAAGGAAGAACAUUAUUAAGAAAAAUCUAGAUACAUAUAUAACUAGCCUAUUAGAUUAUUAGAAGAGUAAAAGUCGGUGUCUAUAAGUAUUAAACAGUAUUUUUUGCCAAGGAUCUAUAUAUGAUCUUCCAAUGUCAUGAAGAAGAGAGAGUCUGCUAGAUUUAAGGACUUAUGGAAACCGGUACAAGCAUUGACAACACUGGCUAUGAAGGAAUCAAGAACGGUUCAUGGUUUAUCCAGUUCCGUAAUGGCUGCAAUCCAUGGAUGGCUAGAUAUGUGUACGGUCUAAUAUUCCUCUUGGCAAAUCUGCUUGCUUGGGCCUUGCGUGAUUAUGGCCGAGGCGCCUUGACCGAAAUGAGAAAAUUCAAGAAUUGUAAAGAAGGUGGAGACUGUUUAGGGACGGAAGGAGUUUUACGAGUUAGCUUCGGAUGUUUUUUGUUCUAUUUCAUUAUGUUUCUUUCAACCGUUGGGACAUCAAAGACGCAUUCAUCGAGAGAUAAAUGGCAUUCAGGAUGGUGGUUUGCUAAGCUUUUCAUGUUGCUUGGCUUAACCAUCUUCCCCUUUUUGUUGCCUUCUUCCAUUAUUCAGUUUUACGGGGAGAUUGCCCAUUUUGGUGCAGGGGUCUUUCUCCUAAUUCAGCUGAUUAGUAUCAUUAGUUUCAUUACAUGGCUCAAUGAAUGUUUCCAAGCACAAAAAGAUGCAGAAAGAUGCCAUGUCCAUGUAAUGCUACUAGCGACUACUGCGUACACCGUGUGCAUAUUAGGGGUUAUUUUGAUGUACAUUUGGUAUGUGCCUGAACCAUCAUGCCUUCUCAACAUAUUUUUCAUCACAUGGACUUUGUUCCUCAUCCAACUCAUGACAAGUAUCUCUCUCCACCCCAAAAUAAAUGCUGGAUUCUUGACUCCAGCGCUUAUGGGGCUUUACGUUGUGUUUAUCUGCUGGUGCGCCAUUCGAAGUGAGCCUGUAGGAGAAACUUGCAACAGAAAAGCAGAAGGUUCUAGUAGAACAGACUGGCUUACCAUCAUAGUACAAAUCUCAAACCUUUCCAAGAAUAUUUUCAUGACCUUUCGGAUAUUUUGAGAUUGUAAAGAAAGUACUAAAAAGGAUAUUGUGCAGAGCUUUGUUGUUGCACUGCUUGCAAUGGUAAUAGCGACAUUCUCGACGGGAGUAGAUUCACAAUGUUUUCAGUUUAGAAAAGAUGAGAAUCAUGAGGAAGAUGCAAUUCCUUACGGAUACGGAUUCUUUCAUUUUGUGUUUGCUACUGGAGCAAUGUACUUUGCAAUGCUACUUGUUGGUUGGAACAUUCACCAUUCCAUGAAAAAGUGGACGAUUGACGUUGGGUGGACAAGUACUUGGGUAAGGAUUGUAAACGAAUGGCUCGCGGUUGGCGUUUACAGUAAGUUAACAAUAAAAACUCUCUAUUACCUGUUUUUGAUACAGUUUGUAAUGUUUGAAUAAAUGUUGUUGCAGUUUGGAUGUUGGUGGCUCCAAUGGUACUGAAAAGUAGACAAACAACAUGAGAGAUCACCACAGAGAGAUUUUUGUCACCUCUCAAUUCAUCUCCGCAUUGUGGAUCUUGUCGAAAAAUAGAAUAGAAGAUUUAAGAUUGAGGAACUGUGUGAAAUCAAUAUAUAUUUGUACUUAGAUUGUUUAGGAUCAAAGAAAGAUGGAUACAAAUAUAGCUAUACACUAGUAAUACUGUCCCUAAAGAGUUCUCUAAUCAUGAAGCGUGUACACAUUAUAACACAUACAUCUCUCUAAUACAUAGUUUUAAUAUAAAGCAAUUGGGUGCGAAACACUGAAAAUUUCAUUUAUACACAAACGAGCGUUGAGAGUUGAGAGAGGAAGAGAAAGUUC